CCUAGUUGCAAAACAUCAAUAAGCUAGACACACUUUCGACAUCACCACUGCUGCUGCGUCGUUGCAGCAGCAGCAGUAAAAUGUAUCUUUUCGCACUAUUCGUCGCCACCGUGAACGCCCUCAAAACCUAUUACUACUAAAAUGGGCUCCGCUGUCUCUGUCAGCCCUAAGGUGCCGGCUGCCGACGACGCCGCCCUCGCGGCCCUGACAAAGACGGAACUGCAGCGGGUCAUGGCGGCGCGCGGCGUCGGCCGGCCCGACGUACCCUUAAUACACGAGCGGGUCUUCCGCGUGGCUCCCCUGGCUCGCAGCGUCUGGUCCUACCUCGGGCACGACAACAUGCCGAAGGAGCGAGACAAGUACGUCCGGGUGACGACGAUGCCCGGCGCGCCGACGUCGGACUACCCUCUCCUGGAAUGCUGCUCGGACGGCCUCUCCGACCUGUCGUCUCUAUUUGCUGCGGUGUCGGGCUCGAGCACGUGUUCCACGCCGCGGUUCGCGAGUGCCCCGUUGCACGGUGGUUCGCAUGGAAACGGAACCCCGCUGAGCCGAGCCACCGGCAACGGCAUCUCCUACCCCUGGCGUGUACGCCCCGAGCCGGAGUUCCCGGACGGCAUCGGUGGGCGCAAGGCGGAAACGGCCUGGCGGGAGGCCACCCCCGGUGAUCGCCCUUUCUGGACGGUAGUUUCGUACUCGGGCUACUCGCCCGAUUCUUGGCGCACAGCCUACGGCCCUCUGCAUCUUUACUCGCCGACGACGGACCUGCCCAUCUUCGACGGCGAGGGCAACUACGGCGGCAAGCCGAACGUCCUCGGCACGCUCUCGGGCGGGCCGAAGACGUCCCAGCUCCAGACCGCAACGUCUACUGUCCGGGCCUGCGAGGCCCACGUCCUCGAUGCCGAAAAUGUCGGCGUGCGUUCGCUGGCGGACGUGCCGCAGUGCGUGCAAGCCAUCGUCGAGAAGCUGCCGCCGGCCUCCGUCGGGCGCAAGCUCAUGGUGCACGCCCUCUCCUUGGAGCCCGGCACGGCGGACAACAUGGCCGUCUGCGUGUGCCUGAUGGGCCACGAGGUGGCGAAGCUGCGCGCCAUCGUCAAGUUCGGCUCCGUCAAGGUCGCCACGGCCUGCGCGUGGCUCGAGCGCAAGUGCGGCGUGGCCGAGAACCACGUCGGGGACUGCUACCACCCCACCAAGGCCAUGGGUCUCUACUUGAUGCGCCGCGAGCUGCUGCAGCGCAACACGUUCUUCUACGACGAGGCGUGCCAGGAGCCGGUUGUAUUUAAAACCGGUUUCACGGGCAACCUCGUCCAGGUGGGUCAGACGAUCUACCGCGAGGCGGCCAAUGCCAACGGGCCCGCGCUCGCCUACGAGGCAGUGACGCUCAUUAGGAACGAAAGAUCGGCCAAGUACGCGACGCUCAUCGCCAUCAACCCGCCGGAGGGCGUCGACGGGCCGGGGCUCGUCGGGAGGUCGAGCAAGGUCGAGGCGCCGAUGGUCGGCGCCUUCGGCGAGGACAUCGACCACGUCUCGGGGUGGCACCACUCGACCAUCUUGGACCAGAUCAAGAAACGCCGCUGGUUCAAGCGCGAGGCCGACGAGGCCGUCGUCAUGGUCCCCUACCGCCACUCCGUCGGCGGCGACGGCGGCAACAUUCUCUGUUUCGCGACGAACGGCGAGAAGGUCGUCUCGUUGGCGACGCACCUCACGGAGGACCUGCUCCGGGUCGGCGGCGAGUACCCGUCGUACCUCAUGGACCCCAAGUUCUUCGAGAAGGUCGUCAUCGGGCGCUCGUGGGCCAACACGAACCCCCCGGAGGAGCGCAAGGACCGUCUCCACAAUACGGUCCUGACGCGCCGCGAGGUCUCGAACCACGAGAAGAUGCUCGCGGUCGCGCUCGUGGCGUCGGGCGCCAUAUCGCAGGCGGACCUCGACACGUCCGACUGGCUGCAGCUCAAGGAGGACUCGCCCAUCAGCGCGGCGUCCUUCCACGGCGUCGCCUACUGCACGUUGCAUGGUCUCGUUAGGACGUCGGAGAUCGGCACGGACGUCGGCGGCGUCGGCCGCGCGGGCAAAGACGUCGCGUGGCACGCCGAGCUGCGCGCGGCCUCGGCGCGGCUGUCGGCCGCGAAGGCGUUGGUGCAGCUGUCCGGGACCGAGUCGGCCCCGAAGGCUUUCUACGCCGACGUGUGACCGCGCACGCAUCUCUAUCGGCACGAAGGCCGCUUCUUCCCUCUCCCCCACGCUUCUUCAACAACUGACACCAUCUCUGCCCUCCCCUAAUUGGUUAAGGCACAUGUGUACUUA